AAGGCGCGGCCCCGCGGCUGUGCGUGCGCGCUCCCGAGCCCCCCCCGCCUUCCCCUCUCUCUGUGUCCCUCUCUCUCCCUCUCUCCGCCGCGCUCGGCCGGCUCUGCCCCCCCUUUGUGCGCGCUCCGAGCCGCCCCCGCAUCGCCGACUCGCCAUGGCCGACGAGAAGCCCAAGGAAGGAGUGAAGACUGAAAACAAUGACCACAUUAAUCUGAAGGUGGCAGGGCAAGAUGGGUCUGUGGUGCAGUUUAAGAUUAAGAGGCACACACCACUUAGUAAACUAAUGAAAGCCUAUUGUGAACGACAGGGGUUGUCAAUGAGGCAAAUCAGAUUCCGGUUCGAUGGGCAGCCAAUUAAUGAAACAGACACACCUGCACAGUUGGAAAUGGAGGAUGAAGAUACAAUUGAUGUGUUCCAGCAGCAAACAGGAGGAGUUUACUAAAACAAACACACAAAAAAGAACCUGCUACUUUCCUCUCCAGAACUGUGCUCCCACAGGCGACACUUCACAAUUAGAAAAAUGAGACUUGGUUCAGCCACAUCCUGACUACUGCAGUAUAGUUUUCUCUCUUCUCUCUGAUUUUUUUUCUUAUUCCUUUUAUUGUACAUAAAGUAACUGGUGAUGUGCACAGACAUAAUGCAUAUUUUUUUUUAACUAAAUGGCCAAUGGUAUGUUUUGAUCAACAUUUAAUGGAGAUGGGGUGGGAAAACAAACUGGUUCUGUGAAAAUGCCCCUCUCUCCCAUAGUGGCAUGCUCCUUCUACUUUUACAGAAUCACAGAAUCCGAGUUAUCUUUAUAUUCCAGUAAGUUAUUUUGCUCUCACUGUUCAAAAACAAAAAACCUUGCAUACCUUGUUUGAUUGGAUAAUUUCAAUGUUUUUCUUUUAUCAUUGUAAAACCAAGGGCAAUUUUAUAACUUUUUUGUACGUAGCUGUUACAUGUAGAGCAAUCUCUGUCUAAGUAGGGGUAAAUUACUCUUUAAAAAAAAAAGAAAAAAAAAAUCCUAGAUAGUUUUCCCUUCAAGUAAAACGUCUUGUUGUUUAAAUAAACUUCUUGUUUAAAAUAA